AUGGACAUGAAGAAGAGGAUCCACCUGGAGCUGAGGAACCGGACCCCGGCAGCUGUUCGAGAACUUGUCCUGGACAAUUGCAAAUCAGAUGAUGGAAAAAUUGAGGGCUUAACAGCUGAAUUUGUGAACUUAGAGUUCCUCAGUUUAAUAAAUGUAAACUUGAUUUCAGUUUCAAAUCUCCCCAAACUACCAAAAUUGAAAAAGCUUGAGCUCAGUGACAAUAGAAUCUCUGGAUGUUUGGACAUGUUGGCAGAAAAACUUCCAAAUCUCACACACCUAAAUUUAAGUGGAAAUAAACUGAAAGAUAUCAGUACCUUGGAACCUUUGAAAAAGUUGGAAUGUCUGAAAAGCCUGGAUCUGUUUAACUGUGAGGUUACCAACCUGAAUGACUACCGAGAGAGUGUCUUCAAGCUCUUGCCCCAGCUGACCUACCUGGAUGGCUAUGACCGAGAGGAUCGAGAAGCUUCUGACUCAGAUGCCGAGGUGGACGGCGUGGAUGAAGAAGAGGAUGAUGAAGAAGAAUUUGAUGAUGAAGAGGAUGAAGAUGAAGAUGAAGAUGUAGAAGGAGAAGAGGAUGAAGAUGAAGUCAGUGGAGAGGAAGAAGAAUUUGGACAUGAUGGAGAAGUUGAUGAAGAUGAAGAUGAUGAGGAUGAGGAUGAGGAUGAAGAUGAAGAGGAGGAAGAAAGCGGAAAAGGUGAAAAGAGGAAGAGAGAAACAGAUGAUGAAGGAGAAGAUGAUUAA